AUGGGCCCCGAUCCCACUGGCAGCAAUGCAAUCUCGCCCCUUCGCAAAGUCACCUCGUCGGUGACCUGGGGCUGGUAUGCCAUCUCGCUCAGCUGGGGGGGAAUUGCCGUGCUGCUGCACCAGACCCCGCAUCAAUUCACCGGCCUCAACACCAUCGGCACCAUCAUCUUCAUCGCCAACCUGGUCCUCUACACCACCGUCACUGUGUGCCUCCUCGUCGAGGCCGUCCAGCCCCGCAAGGCCCCCAAGCCCUGGGAAGACGAGUCGCCCAACUUCGCGGCCCGCUGGCUGCAUAUCAAGAACCCCCAGGAUGUCUUCUUCAUCCCCGUCGCGCUGCUCGCCUUCGCCACCAUCAUCUUCGGCACCGCCUCCUAUGGCACGUCGCACUGCGGGCGCUGGCUGAUCCUGACCCUCAAUGUCUUCUUCUGGAUCUACACGGGGGGGUCCCUCCUCCUGGCCAUCGCCCUGGGCUGGUGGAUUCCCUACACCGGCACCACGCACGGCAGCCACUACGCCAUCGUGCAAGUCCUGCCCUACUUCCCGCCCAUGCUCAGCGGCACCAUGGCCGGGCUACUCGCUCCGAAUCAAGACCCGGCGCAGGCCGUGCCCAUGCUCGUCGGCGGCACCACCAUGCAAGGACUGGGCUUCCUCAUGUUCCUCGUCAUUCUGGUGCAGAGCAUGACCGAGCUUGCGACGGAAGGGCUCCCCACCCCCGCCGUCCGACCGGAGAUGUUCAUCGCGGUCGGGCCCCCCAGCUUCACCAUCAUCGCCAUGGUGAGCAUGGCCGAUGCGGCCGUGGACAAAUUACCGGCCCACUACAUCAGCGCCGCGACGAGCGUGCGCACCGCCGACGUGCUGUUGAUCGUGACCGUCGCGGCGUCGGUCUUCCUCUGGGCCUUGGCCUUCUUCCUCUUCUGUAUGGCGGCCCUGAGCAUGCUCGAGGCGCUGUGGCAUCGCACGAUUCAGUUUGAGACCCUCUGGUGGUGCAUGGUGUUCCCGAUUACCGGGUUGGUGCUGGCGACCAUCGACCUGGCGGAGUAUUUGAGUUCGGCGCCGAUCUCGUGGGUGAGUUCGGGCAUGACCAUCGCGCAGGUGGCCUUGUGGUUGGUCAUUACGGGGUGUCAGUUGUUUCGCUGGGUGUGGAAGCGGGAGUUUUAG